AUGGCUAUUCUUAUCGAACCCAGUUAUUCAAGCUGGUUCGGUCUAUUUAGCGCAAUUGCACUGGUCAUUUUUCUUUAUAAAGCCGUCUUUACAACUCGACGGGCAAAACUACCAAUAUACAGCACUCACUCUGGGUGGUUCGCAAGCUGGCACAAUUCCCUGGAAUAUCUCAGAGAUAGCUCAGGGGUUCUUAGAUCAGGAUAUGCGAAAUUCUCUAAGAAGGGGCUAUUUUAUCAACUCCGUACGCCGGUGAGAUGGGUCAUUGUCGUGCCCCCAGAAUUUGUCGAUGAGAUACGGACCGCACCUCCUGAUUAUCUCAGUGCCAAGGUGUCUGCCAACGAUGUGGUGCAAACUAGAUAUACAGUCUCCCCCGUUGUCGAAUCAAACAAGUUUCAUUUUCACAUCCUUAAAACGCAUCUUACGCCCAGUCUAGAACGGAAUAUCACCGAUUUAUUAGACGAAAUCAAACUUGUCUUCUCUGCAGAGAUCGGCUCUUCUCAAGAUUGGAAACCAGUUGUCAUGUCGCAUGCAGCUCAUCGCAUCGCUACACGUACGGCAAAUAGGCUGCUCGUUGGUGCUCCUUUGUGUCGAAACGAGGAGUAUCUUCAAAUGUCCAUUAAAUAUACUGUGGACGUCUUCGGGGGUGCAGACAAAUUGCGCGCAUGGCCCGACUUCCUCAAACCCGCUGUAACUUAUCUUGUCACCAAUGUUAAGGAACGCCAGAAAAUUGCCCGAAAGCACCUUAUUCCUUAUAUAAAAGCACGACUGGCAGAGGAGGACCAAAUUAAGGAGAAAGGCUUACAGAAUACGAAGCCGGUAGACUCGCUACAAUGGGUGAUUGAUGCUGCACCAAGUGCUCAGGAGCGCGAUCCAGAGCGGCUCAUGUACCGUCUACUUCAUCUCAAUGUUUCUGCGGUACAUACAACCAGUGUGACAUUCUUGAAUUGCAUGUUCGAUCUUGCUUCGCAUCCUGAAAUUAUCACUGAGUUGAGAGAAGAGAUUGAAGCCGCAUUGGAUACCUAUGGAUGGAGUGCACGUGGAUUGAGUCAGUUGAGAAAACUAGACAGCUUCAUGCUGGAAAGCCAAAGACUAGCACCUAUCGCAAGCUGUGAGUAUUCAAAUAUUCAAAUAUGGUAUUUUAAGGCGCAAAAUUCUGAUCUAAUGCUCCGUCUAGCUCAAAUGACUAGGGCGGUCGUUAGAGACUUUACCUUCUCAGACGGAACUACUGUUCCCAAAGGCUCUUAUGUUCUGGUGCCAAUGUAUGCAAUGUACCUGGACGAUGACCUAUAUCCAAGAGCCUCUGAGUUUGACGCCUUCCGUUGGUCUAAACUACGUGAUCAGCCUGGAGCCGAAAAUCGCUACCAGUUCGUCACAACAUCUCCGACACAUAUAAACUUUGGACAUGGAAAGGAUGCGUGUCCUGGUCGAUUCUUUGCCGCUCAGGAAAUCAAGUUGCUGCUUGCACACGUUAUUUUACACUACGAUAUUCGUCUGGAGGACCCUUCUAAUGGCCAUCCAAAGCCUACCUGGUAUGAUCGCUCGCGUCGUCCGAAUCAAACUGCCCGGGUGUUCUUUCGUUCUCGUUAA